UCGGGGAAAGAGUGCUACUGUUAUAUUUUUUCGUGAUUUGUCUGCCCUCCGUUUCCACUAACGCAGUAAGGCCGCGAACGGAUCGCAUCCAAAAUUUCGAAUUUCAAAAUCGCCUGGAAUCCAGCUGCUCCUCUGUUCCCAUUUUUUACUGAUUCUUCCUUAGCCUCGCUCUAGGGUUUUCUUCGGAUCUCUUUGAUCGAAUUUGACUCACCACUCUCAGAGGCAUCUAAUGUUACUGUCAUGGUUGUUACAGGUUGCUUUGGUAUGGAUUCCACAGAACAGACAUACCAGCAUCGCUCAUUUUCAAUCAAAUUAUGGCCCCCUAGCCAGAGUACCAGGUUAAUGCUUGUAGAGCGAAUGACCAAAAAUCUGACAACUCCAUCCAUUUUCUCUCGAAAGUAUGGACUGCUUAGCAGAGAAGAGGCUGAGGAGGAUGCAAAGAAAAUUGAGGAAACAGUGUUCACCAUGGCUAACCAACAUUUUGAGAAGGAGCCUGACGGUGAUGGGAGUUCUGCUGUGCAAAUUUAUGCUAAAGAAUCAAGUAAGCUUAUGUUGGAGGUAUUGAAAAGAGGCCCUCGCAUGAAGGAAGAUGGAGAAUCCAUAGAUGGAAAGGUUACCGUGACUGCUGAUACUGUUUUUGAUAUAUCCGGAGGGCGCAGAGCCUUUAUUGAUGGAGAGGAAGCUGCAGAACUUCUGAAACCCCUGAGAGAACCAAAUUCAUAUACAAAGAUAUGCUUUAGCAAUCGAAGUUUUGGCUUGGAUGCUGCUUGUGUUGCUGAACCCAUCCUAUCAUCAAUUAAGCAUCAAUUGACAGAAGUUGAUCUAUCAGAUUUUAUUGCUGGAAGACCUGAAGCAGAAGCUCUUGAAGUGAUGACUAUAUUUUCAUCAGUGCUGGAAGGUUGUGCUUUAAAGUCUCUCAAUCUGUCAAAUAAUGCCAUGGGUGAAAAGGGGGUUAGGGCAUUUGGGUCACUCCUAAGUUCACAAACUAACUUGGAGGAGCUAUAUUUGAUGAAUGACGGUAUAUCAGAGGAAGCUGCAAAAGCAGUUUGUGAACUGAUUCCUUCCACUGAGAAGCUCCGGGUUCUUCAUUUUCAUAACAACAUGACUGGAGAUGCAGGGGCCAUUGCUAUAGCUGGUAUUCUGAAACGUUCUUCAGCUAUGGAGGAUUUUCGUUGUUCAUCUACCAGAGUAGGCUCUGAUGGUGGUAUUGCCCUAGCAGAAGCCCUUGGGACUUGUACACAUUUGAGGAAGCUCGAUUUGCGGGACAACAUGUUUGGUGUAGAAGCUGGAGUUGCCCUGGGUAAAGUUAUACCUGCAUUUGCAGAUCUGACUGAGAUAUACCUCAGUUAUUUGAACUUAGAGGAUGAGGGGGCAGAAGCAAUCGCUAUUGCUCUCAAAGAAUCUGCUCCAUCACUAGAGAUUCUGGAAAUAUCUGGAAACGAUAUUAGUGCUAAAGGUGCUGCUUCAUUGGCUGCCUGCAUAGCCUCCAAACAAUUCCUUACCAAGUUAAAUCUGUCUGAGAAUGAGCUAAAGGAUGAAGGUGCAAUUUUGAUUAGCAAGGCACUGGAAGAGGGUCAUGGCCAACUAAAUGAAGUCGAUUUGAGCACUAAUGCCAUCAGAAGGUCGGGAGCUAGGCUAUUGGCCCAAGCUGUUGUGCGGAAAGCUGGAUUCAAGUUGCUUAAUAUCGAUGCCAACUUCAUAUCUGACGAAGGGAUUGAUGAGCUGAAAAAUAUAUUUAAAAAUUGCCCCCAUAUGCUUGGUCCCUUGGAUGAAAAUGAUCCGGAAGGAGAAGACAAUGACGUUGAUGACGAAACUGAAGAGGACGGUGCUGAUCAUGAUGAAUUGGAAUCAAAACUGAAGGGACUCAACAUUAAGCAGGAUUCUUAGGACCUUGAUGAAUGUAACUUAUAAUUUUAAUCUUGUAGCUCAAUUCGUAUUUUCAGUUGACGAAGUUUUUUUUUUUUUUUUCCAAGAUUGUCAUUCAGCUUAACUCGACCUUCUGUGAAAAAUGUAUUAAUUCCAUUAACAUCAUAAACCUUUAGUUUCGGAAA